CGAGGCUCGGGCCAGACGCAAAGGGGGGCGCCCGCCGCCGUGGCGGAGGGCGCGGAGCAGAGGAGAGGAAGAGGCACCCAUGCCGCUGCCCUUCCCUCGUUUCCCCCUCUCUGGGCCUCCCGUGGGAGGCCUUCGUUGCCACCGCCGGCUGCGCCCCGAAGCUCUGGCCAGAGAGCGCAGCCCGGGAAGAGGCCAGGCGCGUGGAGCAGCGGCAUCGGUUUCUUCUUUCCCGUUCUCCCGGCGGAGGGCGGCGCCCUGCCGCCGCGGCUGAGCCCGGGCGCUCGGCGGGCGGCUCCGAGCGCGCCGUCGGCACACGCGGCCCCGCCGCGGAGCCGUCGGAAGACGGCUCGGGGUGAAGAGCAGAUGCUGGGGAGGUCGGGGGACAGCAGACGGCAUAAGGUGAUGUCGGGCGUGCCCCUCUACAGGAGGAG